CGAAGACCAUUCAUACUAACCAGAAAUGGGAGUGCUCUCGAACAAGAUCCACUGGCAAGAACUGAAGCCCGGCGAUCACAUUUACUCCUGGAGGCAGGCUUACAUCUACGCACAUCACGGAAUCUACAUCGGCGACGGAAUGGUGAUCCACUUCACCAGAGGAGCCGGCCAAGAAAUCGGCACCGGAACUGUUCUCGAUCGUCUCGUCCUCAUGUCAAUGCCCCCUAAUUCCAAUGCACGCACUGCAUGCCCGAGAUGCGGCGGCCAGAGCAGAUCUCAUGGCGUCAUCUCAUCCUGCCUGACCUGCUUUCUCGCCGGCGGAGAUCUAUACCUCUUCGAAUACGGUGUUUCCCCGGCGUUUUUUCUCGCCAAAGCGCGAGGAGGCACAUGCACUCUGGCUCAGUCCGAUGCUCCGGAGCAGGUGCUUCACCGUGCCUUGUUCCUCCUCGAGAAUGGCUUCGGCAAUUAUAAUAUAUUCAAGAAUAAUUGUGAGGACUUUGCCAUUUACUGUAAGACAGGAUUGCUUGUGUUCACGGGCAUCGGCGUUGGCCGCAGCGGGCAAGCGGCAUCGUAUAUGGCGGCGGCUAGUGCAGUGGUGUCUUCGCCGCUUCGGUUCUUGACGGCUGGUUUUGGUGGCUUGGCUUUGGUUGGUUGUGGCAUGUAUUGUGCAGGCAGAUUAGCUUCUGAUAUCGGAGUUCGCCAUGAUGCCGUCAAAGUUCCGGUGGAAAGACUCGUUAUAGAUUCGUCGUCGGAGUUCGAUGAACAGGAGAAGACAUUGGGAUCACUGAUGGCCAGAGGUCAUGAGAGUUAGCGGUGGCCGGCGGUUGCUCAAAUAUAUUUACACAACGGAUAUUGUCAAGUUUGAUCGGUGCUGGAAUCUGCUCGUGUUGCAUGUUUUGCGUGUAAUAAUCAUGAGACGCCUGCUGCUCAACAUGUCAAUGGCAUUUUAUUUUACGCAUUUUAAUUUUACCAUAACUAAUAAAUCGUGUGAGGUGAGUCGUAGAUGCCUUGAUGAUGUUAAUUUUAUA